AAUCAGUGUGCGAGUCUCUCUGCCAUUUGCGCGUCGGUACGCGACUACGCGGCAGUGGUGAUACCAGAAUUCUACGUCUGCUUACCGGUGCGUAGAAACGCAGGCCUUAUUAAGUGCGUUUGGUAGACAAAUACUUUAUCAACUUCACAAUUAAAUCUAUCACCAUGGCGGAUACAGAAACUAAGGAUACCAAAGUUGCAUCCACUCCAGAAAAGAAGGUUGUAGAAGAAGAAAAGAAACCUAUUCAGGAAGUUGAUGAAGAUUCAAAGACAUCAGAGAAUGGAGAAGCAAAGGAAACCAAAGAAAAUGGUGCAAAUGAAGAGAAAGAGUUAAAUGAUAAGGAACCAGAAUCAACAGAAAAUGGUGAUUCUACAGAUGCUCCUGUUGACAACUGUUGUAUAAAGAGGAAGUCUACAGCUUUAAGUGAUACAACAGAAGAUACUGCAACUGAUGUUGCAAGUCCUGAAAAAAAAAAGAAACUGGACGAAAAGUGUGCUGAAACAGAAAGCAAUGGAGAAGCAGAAACCACGGCCUAAUAUUUUUUAUGUUCACUGCAGACUUAAUCCAUAGAUGCAAUUUUAACAGUUAACUGUGAAAUCAAAACAGUCAAAAUUUGUUCUCACUGCAUCCUCAAGACAAACGGGCAUAAAAAACAAGAACCUGAAUUAUGUGUUAAUGACUCUGUGUUCAGAUAUUUGUGUGUUUAUUACAACCAUUUUUGUGAGUCUAAUUGGCUAUAGCAUUGCAUACAUCCAUAGCAUCAUCAUACAUUUCUAUCUUAAAUUACCACCAUUAAUGUUUCCUGUUUUCCAUACUGGCGUCUAUAUACGGAUAUUCACCUAGUAUUAGAUUUUCAAAGGAAGGGAGAUAUAAAUAAUACUAGUAAUAAUAUAUUUCUGAUUCAUGAAGAUAGAUGAUGGCGUGGUGCUUGAGAAAGAUAUGGAAAAUAUUCCGUACAGAGUUCUCAUUAUUUCUAAUGCACGGACAUGCAUAUACAUAGACACUUCAUAUCAGAGAUUGAAGAAACAAUAUUUUUCUGCAAAUCAAAAUACAUUCCUGAAAGAAACACAGUUUGCCCAAGGAUUGUUAAUAUUUACUGGCAAAAAUUAGAAA